UUUUUGUUCAUUUAUACGUAAGAAACCUUCCUAGUUCCUUGACUUUUAGACAGAGGUCAUUAAGAUUUGAUUACCCUUCUUGUAAUAGUACUUCCCAGUUUCCUGAUAAUAAAAAAAGUAUUGACCAAGUAUUUUUUGUCAAAUCUACCCGGUAAACCACAAUGAUAUUUCUCCUUUUCUCUGCUUCCCAUAAUUCUUUCUCCAUGAGAGUUAGCUGUGCUUCUUUGAUAGAAUGAACCAACAUCUAAAUUUUCUUCUUUCUUACCUGUUAGUAACUAUAUUUUGUAGUAUUCAAUCAGAUGCAGCAACUGAAUUUGUCUUCAAUGGUUUUAAACAAUCAGAUGUGUCACUUUUUGGGAAUGCUACAAUUGAAUCUAGGAUACUUACUCUUUCAAAUGACUCAACUUUCUCAAUUGGUAGAGCUCUGUACCCUUCAAAGAUUGUCACAAAAGAACCAAAUUCAUCCCAAGUUCUUCCCUUUUCAACAUCUUUCAUUUUUGCUAUGGCUCCUUAUAGGGACAGGCUACCAGGACACGGCAUAGUUUUCUUGUUUGUUCCACACACAGGUAUUGAUGGUACUACUUCUUCACAGAAUUUAGGUUUCUUGAAUUUCACAAAUAAUGGGAAUCCCAAUAACCAUGUCUUUGGAGUUGAGUUUGAUGUUUUCAAGAAUCAAGAAUUCAAUGAUAUAAAUGAUAACCAUGUUGGAAUUGAUGUCAAUUCCCUUGCAUCAGUGUUUGCUCAUGAAGCAGGAUAUUGGCCUGAUGAGAAAAAUAAGAAUAGUAAUGAUGGUAACUUAAAAGAAGAGUCUUUCGAGACUUUAAAGUUGAAUAAUGGAAGAAAUUACCAAGUUUGGAUUGACUAUGCAGAUUUCAGAAUUAAUGUGACUAUGGCACCAGUUGGUAUGAAAAGGCCUAACCAAUCUUUGUUGGAUUUUCCACUGAAUCUUUCUCAAGUUUUUGAGGAAGAGAUGUAUGUGGGGUUCACUGCAUCCACUGGAGAUCUUGCUCAAAGUCACAAGAUUUUAUCUUGGAGUUUUAGUAACUCGAAUUUUUCGAUAAGUGAUUCUUUGAUCACAUAUGGUCUGCCAUCAUUUGAGCUUCCUGAGGAUCCAGUUUAUCGAUCGAAGGGAUUCAUUGCAGGUAUGACAGUGUCACUCUUGUUUCUUGUAGUGGUCAGUGUUGUAGUUUCAUUGAUUCUGAUUAAGAGAAACAGGAGAAUGAAAAGGGAAAGAGAGGAUAUGGAAGAUUGGGAAUUGGAAUAUUGGCCACAUAGGAUUACUUAUCAAGAAAUUGAUGCUGCAACAAAGGGUUUUGCUGAUGAAAAUGUGAUUGGUAUUGGAGGUAAUGGAAAGGUUUAUAAAGGGGUUUUGGCUGGGGGUUCAGAGGUUGCAGUAAAGCGCAUUUCUCACGAAAACGGUGAAGGGGCAAGGCAAUUCUUGGCUGAGAUUUCAAGUCUCGGUAGGCUAAAGCAUAGAAAUUUGGUGUCAUUAAGAGGCUGGUGCAAGAAAGAAAGAGGCAGCCUGAUUUUGGUUUAUGAUUAUAUGGAAAAUGGGAGUUUGGACAAAAGGCUGUUUGAAUGUGAUGAGAGAAACAUGUUGAGUUUUGAAGACAGAAUUAGGAUUUUGAAAGAUCUGGCAUCAGGGGUCAUGUACUUGCAUGAUGGGUGGGAAGCAAAAGUGUUGCAUAGGGACAUUAAGGCUAGCAAUGUUUUACUCGACAAGGAUAUGAAUGCAAGGCUAGGUGAUUUUGGUCUAGCCAGAAUGCAUGAUCAUGGUCAAGUUGCUAACACGACUCGAGUUGUUGGCACGGUGGGAUACUUGGCGCCAGAGUUUGUCAGGACUGGCCGUGCCUCAACGCAAACCGAUGUGUUUGGAUAUGGAGUUUUGAUUUUGGAGGUGAUGUGUGGAAGGAGGCCUAUAGAGGAGGAAGAAGGCAAGCCACCUUUAGUGGAUUGGCUGUGGGAACUAAUGAGACGAGGCGACUUGACCAACGCCUUUGACAGUCGAUUAAGGACUAAUCAAGAUUUUAAUGAAGAGGACGCCUUAAGGGUAUUGCACUUAGGCAUGAUAUGCGCGAGCCGAGACCCCAAAGCUAGGCCAACCAUGAGACAAGUGGUGAAAUUUUUUGACAGGAAUGGUGAUGUUGAUGAAUAUGAAGCUGAGGAUAUGGAUGUUUACCUUCUGGAGAGUUUGAGAUCUAAUACCAUGUUGUCCAAUUAUUCCUUGAAUUUAAGCUAUGGUUCACACCCAACAUUUGAAGAAAUUAGAGAAGGGCCUAACAUUGGGUGAAUUGGCAAUGCUGCUUCAUGAACAAUUUUAUAUGAUGGGCUAGGAAAAAGGAUUGGAUUAUUAGAUUUACAUGUAUUCAUUUGUUUUUUACACCUUGGUACUAGUUGUAGUGGAAGAGUUUGUUCUGUCUUUUCUUUUUGUUUCCACUAGAGAAUUUGUUCCUUAUCUUUUUAUUUUACACAAGAUAUGUUGAUGUACAUAUAUGAAACCCAUGGUAUGAUGUUUAUACUUUAUAAUAAGGUUCUUCAUUCA